UAUCACAAAGAUCCCAUUUUUCAUCAAAACAUCUCUUUACUACUUUCUACCUACAAAAAAUCUCAUAUAUAACAACAAAAAACACACACACAGAUUCUAAAGAACAUAUCCAUGGCAGUGGCUGCUGCUGCACCAUUGAAGCCUUUCACCGACACGCCUCGCCGCCUCCCCUCCCCGCCGUCGUCGUACCCCUGCAAAGGAGGACAAAUCCCGACAAGGUUGCUCGAUUUGAGCAGCUCAUUCAUAGCCAAAAUGCUGAGCAACACCGCGAGAAACGGUGGGCUGAUGACGAGACGACGAAGACGUAGUAACGGCUUCCGAGUUGUCGAUGAAUUAGGAGGACAGUAUGAUGACACUUUCAUUGAUGUCAAACUGCAAAUUAUGAAUUACUUCACCAUUAAAGCAGUGAGGACAGUUCUUGAUCAGCUCUACGAACUCAAUCCGCCGCAAUACAAAUGGUUCAACAACUUUGCUGCAGAUAAUGAGCCAAGGAAAGCGAAGCGCUUUCUUCAGAGUCUUGUCAAGGAAAGACAAGAGCUAGCCGAACGAGUAAUGAUCACACGCCUUGCUCUCUACAGCCGAUGGAUUAAGGUAGAAAUGCGACCAUGGGGAAAUGUACAAAGAGAUCGAAGAAGAGAAUUUGAAGCUGAUGAGAGAGAGGCUUCUAGAAACCAUCAUUUGGCCUUCUGACGAUCACAACACUAAAUAAAUAAUAUAUAUUAUAUUAAAUUAAAUUAAAUUAAAUUAAUAUAGGUAGCUCAACUUAAUCAACUAUAAACUACAUAUGUACAUCAUCUUAUUAUUAUUAUUAUAUAUAAAUGUAUUUUCUUC